UAGCUGAUAAAUGUUACAAAUGGUGGUAUUUCAGUGAUUGCCGUAUUGAUGACUAACAGGAACUUUUCUUCUAUUUAAGUAUGGCCUGUUGCCAUCAACUAUAACUUAUCUGAUUAGACAUUAGAAGUACAUAUUACAUCUUCUGUGCGUUUGUGUGUUUGAUAAUGACAGUGUUAAGAUGGCUAUUGUUAAAAACAAGUACAAAAAACCUACAUGUUGCAACUAAAUACCACAAAUGAGGAACACCAUCAAUUAAUGUGGAGAAUGAUAAAGUAGCAUCACAAACAAAAUACAUUCUGGAAUCGUAAUAAACAUGUCGCUGGAGUUCAGAGAUAAGGCUAAUCAGUACAAGGAGCUUCAAGGACAAACACAUCUAAAGCCUUGCAGCAAAAUGCUUAAUGAUACACAUACUCAACUACUGUUGAUUGUGUUUCUAUUGAUAUCAACAUUAAAUUUUACUCAUUCAGUGCUUAGCAAUAUUAAUGACAGUGAUUCCAACGAAGUUGAAAUAAGUUAUCGUGGAAAUAGCCGCAGUGAGAGGUCUUUGCCAAUAUGUGAAUUAAAUGUUGCUUGUAAUAUUGUGCACAAACGCUUUUGGUUUCCAAUAAAAGUAGAAAGAUUAUGUCGCUGCCACAACACAUUUCAAUGCUCCCAACAAUGGAGUCAAACACCAGACAAUUAUACCAUGAUGCUCAGCAACCGUUCUCAGUUAAAGUUUUGUAACAACAUCAGCGAACUGCAGAAAUGUACAACAGAUGAACCUGCGAUAGAAUUACAAUCUGAAACAGCCACAAUUCCACGGGGCAGAUCUAAAAAGCCUCUAGUUCAGACAAAAGCUGUUGUGAAGUGCAAUUGUCCAAUGGGACGUUACUGGAAGAGGAUCAAUGCAGAGGCAGACAAUGAAACUUCAACAACUGUUUACCAAUGUGCUGAUGCAAAGAAAUGUGAAACCAAUGAAAUCUGUGGAUAUGCACGGGCUGAUAUGCACUCAAUAUAUUACCAAUGUUCCUGUCCUGCUGGAAACCUCUGCUUAUUUGUGGAUUACAACACCUACAAUGUGACUGAACUAUUCUAUAGUGGAGCAGCAUAUCAAGCUCUAUGCACUCCUUUUCCAAACAACUUAUAAGAUAUUCAUAUAAUGUUCUUCAUAAAUGAGUGUAUAAGUUUAAACUUCAAAUUUACUAUGGUUUAAUUUUGUACGGGAAAUUAUAGACUAUUUUCAUAUUGUC